AUGAGUGAAUGGUUGCGACCAGUCUUUACGCGUACCAGGACCCCCGUUCAAGGCAAUUUGCCAGCAUUCGAUCUCGACAGGCCAAGUCUAUCCACUGAAGAAAAUUACCACGACCACGAGGAAAAGGGCAACAUGACGGGAACCACCAGAAUGCGUCCGUCGUCGAGAGUAUCAUCUUAUAUUGGCUUCCGACCAAACACGCCCCCAACAGCGACACAUGAUGUCUUUCAAAGAGGGACUGCGUCGUUUGAAAACCCAACACGGGAUCCAGGGAUGCUAUAUCACAAGCCAUCCAAUGAUCAAAUGGCCGAGACGCUGAAGGUUAUCAUGAUGACUCGAUCCAAUCUCGAGCCCGUUCCUGUCGAGUAUAACUACUGCAUCCUACAUGUUCUUGAGGCAUAUCAGGAUUUGACAGUGCAGGUUAACGCGAAGCAGGAGAUCAUUGAUGAGUUGAAGAAGAGCCAUACGAAGGAUAUCAAAGAGUUCGAGGCUUUGGCCACACAGUGGGAGAAGAAAGAGCAAGACUAUAAAGCGGAGUUAAAGAAACUGGAGGUGUUGUUGUCGAAGACAGAGGGCGGCAUGGAAAGUGUAGUCAUGGCGCGAUCGAAUAGUCGGGUUCACGGCGCGAAAAGAGCUUCUGAUGAGAUGAGACGCAGUAUUGGCACCAUCAAGGAAAGGCAUGUUGAGCGAAGCUCGAUGGGCGAGGUAUGUGCUGGCUCCCUCCCCAGCGACCUCGAGUAAUUCGGUACUCUAUGAAAAUAAUCAUGCAUAUGGGUUUGCAAACGAUUGCUAACCACUUUCUGCUCCAGCCUGGCCAAAAUGUAGAAGAUCCGAACUUCAUGGCAGAACACUCAAUGGGCCUCCCUAGAAUAGACACCUCCGUUCCAUCCGUCUCCCAUUGGACGUAUCCGGCAGAGCAAAAGCGCGAUCUCCCGCAUCCUACCUCAACAUCAGAGAUGGGCUCAGAUGCCGAUGCGAUGAGCAGUACCGAUUCUUACAACGAAGGCUCAACGCGGAGCCGGGGACGUGGGCUUGGAUUUGGUCUUGAUAAGCCUCUCCCAGAUAUGCCAGCCUUGGAGAAACCAGGUCAUCGAAAUAGAAGAGCAAAGGCUAAAACCGACCCCACAAGGACAAAGCUACCACUUCCUCAACAAUUAAGCUUUUCCUUCAAACCUGGCGAUGAUAGCAGCCUCUCAGUGGAAAGAGAAUCCUCGAGCUAUAGCAAACAAAAAAUGCUAGAUGAUCUUAUGCGACACAGACGCUCCGUUGAUCCUACCGAGCGGUCAGAAACUCCGAUGACAAAUACCACUCACUCGAAAGACUCCACAGUAUCUCCUUCUCGAACACACACACCCGUCAAUACUCUGAGGCCAGAGUCUAGAACUACAACCAUAAAUACUGCAACACUCCAAACACCCCCUGAGCGUGAACCAAUAUCUCGUGGCACCUCGACCAACAGUGUGAUUACUGCCAUCCGUGAUAAUUCAGGACGGAGCAGUGUUGCUGGUUCGAGAGCUGGUAGACCGUCAAAUGAUAGAAGCGGUGGAAGUGAUGAGGCGGUUACGGCCGCGGCGAGAGCCUUCAAAAAUAUUGGCAAGAAUGGCAGUGGUCCAAAAGUCGAUAGGACAAAAAGCCCGCACGGAACAGACGGUCAAAGUGAGGUUGAGCUUUUGGUGAAGAACUUGGCGGACAAGAGAAGAGAGAAGGGAAACGGAGUUGCCAAUCUCCCUGUCAAUAAGGGAUAAGGCUCAGUUUUUGUUUGUGGACGUGCUAUACGAUAUGCAUUUACGAACCCAUGGUAUUUUGCUUCAGUGAUUUGUUGGGGAAUCGUCGCAUGAGCCAUUUUAAACUGCGAAUGGAACGUAAUAAUUGAUUCGUGUCUAUUUUUUGUGUAGAGGCUUAUUCCCACCCACGGCUUUCUUUGUAUUCAACUUCUCCCUAUACAGCCCUCUUCUUCUUCUCUUGGCGACUGCGUUUACUCUUCCCGCGUGCGAAUUUAGUCAUUACUCUGUGUACUUUUCGAUCGCUUCUUCCAUGUUCCAGUAUUUGAAUGGACUGGGACGGUUAUUAUACAUAGGGAUCUUAGCGUUGUUUGGUGAGCCUAUCAUGUGCUUUUCUUUCUUUUUUGUGGAGCGAGACUCGAAAUUAUAUAAACGCGG